AUUUCGCUGCAAACUUUAAGUAUAGAUUGCCAAGGGUUCUAGAUCGUAAUAUGUCUGAGCGAACCUUUAUUGUUGAAUGUAUAUCACCUAUUUUUAGAGCAUUUCGAAAUGCGUUCCCAGACAUUAAAUAUGAUUGGAUUGAGAAACAUGUUACAUCAAUAAAUGAGACAAACAAUAUGUUUCUAGAUAAUAUCGGCCCAAGAAAAACGGAUUUACUUGUCAUUCAUUUAGCAGAUGGAAUAGAGAUAAUGAAUACUGAGGUUUCGGGUCCUCCACUUAAAGCCACACAAACACAUACAGUUGGUGACAUCAAAAAGUUGCUAAUGAUGUCUGUCUGUAAUCUUUGCCGAAUAUUUGGCAAUAAUCUUGACUGUAGUGUUGAUGAUGCUAAAGGAAUAAAGACCUAUAGCAUUCAAAUUAUUGGUGACCGUCUUACACUAUUUUCUAUAUCUCUCAUAAGCCAAAAGAAGUUCUUGGCCGUUGAAAUGGCUUCUUGUUUGAUCCCAUUCUCAUUUGAUACAAUUACGUACUAUACAAAAAUUUUUAACUUCUUCAUGACAAUUCGAACUGAGUUUAUUGAUCAAGAAAAGUUACGGAAAAAAAUAUAUUCAUCUAUUCCGGUUGGUAAUUCUAAGAGAGUGCGAGAUUGGUUGGCUUUACCUGAUGACCAAUACUUCUACAACUUAAAGCCUGUACCAGAGGAUAUAGAUGAAGGUAGUAAACUUAGUUGGAAUAAUAAAUUAGAAUUGCUUAGAUAUUCCGAUGAUUUAGGUUUAGCUUAUGGUGUAGUAUCUUACGCUGCUACUGAUGUUCUAAUUAAUGAUGUAGUAGAAUUGCGCCAGUAA